ACAGAAGUGGGUGCUUGAACGCACCAGGUUAAAUCCUUCGCCAACGCGGGCGUCAAGCUAAGUAGAUUGAAGAGAAUUCAGCGCUGUUCAUUUCUGACAGCAGUUCGCAGACUGGAGACCGCAGGUGAGCUCGCGAUCUGCCGGUUAAAAGUGCUCGAUUCACCGGGUGUCGUGGAUCCAUCGCCUUUUCCAUCGGAAGUUGCUAAGUCAGAAUUUCCCGUUAAAACAGGUUGCUUCUCGGCCUCGCUCAGCAGUAGAGUCAUCGCUGCACAGCUUUAUCCCUCCUUUAUUUUUAUUUAUAUAAUUUUUGUUUCAACACUGCUGCUCCAACCUUGACAGUCAAUGUUUGUUGGAGAGCAAAAGUGCAAGUAUAGACUGACAGCGAUUCUAGAGGAACAAUGAGCACAUCAAAGCCCAGUGGACUUAAAGCCCCCAGCAAAAUUGGUAGACCCGCCAAUGCUGGGCCCACGAAGACAUCACCUUCUGCUGGUGCUUCUAAAGCAGCUCAAAGUGAGAAAUCCUCAGCUGAAGCCCCAGAUGCAGGAGAGCAGUUCAAAGUUGGGGAUCGUGUCUGGGUGAACGGCAACAAACCUGGUGUUGUUCAGUUUUUAGGAGAGACGCAGUUUGCUCCAGGGCAAUGGGCUGGCAUUGUGCUGGAUGAGCCGAUCGGGAAAAAUGACGGCUCUGUGUCAGGCGUGCGCUAUUUUCAGUGUGAAGCAUUAAGAGGUAUUUUCACACGUCCCUCCAAGCUUUCAAGCACAGAAGGUGAAGCAGACGGUACGACAACAGCUCCUCCAUCCCGUGCUGCGUCACCCACCCCAUCCACCACAUCAGUGUCUGCUUCGUCCAAAAAACCAGCAUCACCUACUAAAACAGCAGCGCCCGCCUCAGAUCUGGUGCGGUCCAAAAGUGAGUCGGUGUCCAAUCUGUCUGAGAGCGGUUCUGUCAAGAAAGGUGAACGGGAGCUGAAGAUCAACGAUCGAGUGCUGGUUGCUGGCUCAAAAGCUGGCGUGGUGCGUUUCUUAGGCGAAACCGAUUUUGCCAAGGGUGAGUGGUGUGGAGUUGAGCUGGAUGAGCCCUUGGGAAAGAACGAUGGAGCUGUGGCUGGAACCAGGUAUUUCCAGUGUCAGCCCAAGUAUGGUCUCUUUGCACCAGUGCACAAGGUGACCCGUAUAGGUUUUCCCUCCACUACCCCAGCAAAGGCAAAAACCACGGCGCGGAAGACGACGACCACCACCACCACCGCCGCCACCCCGUCAGGACUGAAGCGCAGCCCGAGUGCCUCCUCCAUCAGCUCCAUGAGCUCUGUAGCCUCCUCUGCUAGUUGCAAGCCAAGCCGUACAGGACUGCUGACAGAGACGUCCACGAGGUAUUCGAGGAAGAUCUCGGGCACCACAGCACUUCAGGAGGCCUUGAAGGAGAAACAGCAGCACAUCGAGCAGCUCCUGGCAGAGCGGGACCUGGAGAGAGCCGAGGUUGCCAAGGCAACAAACCAUGUGGGCGAAGUGGAGCAGGAGCUUACACUACUAAGAGAAGGCCAGGAGCAGUAUGUGUCGGAGGUCAACGACAAAAUGGACCAGCUGCGAGCGUUGGUGGAGGCAGCAGACAGAGAGAAGGUUGAGCUGCUCAACCAGCUGGAGGAGGAGAAGAGGAAGGUGGAGGAUCUGCAGUUUCGAGUGGAGGAGGCUUGCAUUACCAAAGGAGAUUUGGAGACGCAGACGCAGCUGGAGCAUGCCCUCCUUAAGGAGCUUGAACAGAGUCUUCUCUUUGAAAAGACCAAAGCUGAGAAGCUCCAGAGGGAGUUAGAAGACUCUAGGGUGGCUACAGUCUCAGAGAAGUCCCGCAUCUUGGAGUUGGAGCGUGAUCUUUCUUUGAGGGACAAGGAGUCGGCUGCUCUCCGCAAGUCAUUGGAAGCGCUUUCAAGUCAGGAUGGGGUUUGUGACUCUGCUGUGGCCGCUCUGCAGGAGCAGCUCAGUUUGAUUCGUUCCCAGCAGGCUGAGCAAAGCCACAGUCACCAAGCAGAGCUGUCCUCCAUGCGCGAGAAGCUUGAGGCGCAAGAAAAAGCACACAGCGAAGCCCUGAUGCACCUCCAGUCCUCCUCAAGUCGCCUGUCUAAGGAUAACGAGCAGCUUUUAGCUCAGCUUGCAAAAUCUAAAGAAGAGAACUCUAAUGUUGUUGAGCAGUGGAGCGAUAAACUUAAAUCUGUUGAGGCUUCGCACCAGCAAGUUUUGGAGGAGCUCAAAACCUCCCAUGAAGCAAGCAAAACUGAAUUGUCGGAUGCUCUGGAACGGCUGAAAUCAGCACAUAAACUGGAGUUGGAGGAGCUCGCUAAGAAGCAUUCUUCUGAAGCAGUGGGAUGGAUGGGUGAAGGUAUGGAGCAUAAAGCACAGCUUCUGAAAGUCACCGAAGAGAACGAACGGCAGGUUGAAAUGCUCCGCAGCGGUCUGGAGAAGGCAGAGGAGCAGCACCUGGUGGAGCUGGAGGACGCCAUAGGGAAGCUUCACGCCGCGGAGCUCAGGGUCAAAGAGCUGGAGGACACCGGAGUCAAGAUAAACGAGCAGUUAAAGGAAAAGGUGCAAGAAGCUCUGGAGCAAAGUACAGCUCUUCAGUCUUUGCAGACACAGCAAAGUCAAGGGAACCAAGAGAUGCAGAAGUUAUUGAGCCAAGUGGAAGAGGCGAAAAGCAAAGCCAGAUCUCAGGAAGAAAAGGUCACUGAGUUGAAUUCAGCACUAGAGGUUAAACAGCAGGAGUUGAGUGGCCUGUUGCAGGAAAAGAGCUCUUUGGAGCAAGAAGUUAGUGUGCUGAAGCAGAAUCUUGAAAAAACGACGAACGAUCAAGCCAAAUCAUCUCAGACAAAUCAAGAGUUACAAGAGGAGCUCAGGAACAAGGAGGACAAAUGCACAUCACUUUCUGCUGAAUUACAGGACACGAAGAGUCAACUUGCUGGUUUACAAAGAAGUUUAAAAGCAAGUGAGGAGCGGUGUGUGCUGCUGACCAAAGACAAGACUAAACUUGAGAAUGACAUUAUGGACAUGACGAAGUCGUCAGGAGACAGUUCGACACUCAUAACAAAGCUGAAUGAGGAAAACAAGCGGAAAGAGGGGAGGCUCGAGGAACUUCAGAAGCAGCUUGAAGAGGAGAGGGAGAAAACCGCUCAGACUGAGGAGAAACUGUCUCACACACGAGUCCAGACUGAGAAUGAAGCCAAAAGCCUCACGCAGAAACACCAGGCAGAGCUUGCCAACCUACAGGAGAAGAUCAAACUGCUGGAGAAGAGCAUUGAAGACAAUCAGGCUAAAACCAAAGACCUGCACGCUUCAGGAGAGAAAGCGCUUACAGAUGCUGCAGAGCUCCAUUCAAAAGAAAAGCAGGAAUUGCAUAGCAAGUAUGAAAAAGUGCAGCAGGAGCUCAGUGCCUCUCAGGAUGAAAGCCUGGAGCUGAGGAAACAGAUUGAGGAGCUGAUGACCUUCAAAGUAAAGACUGCGGCCUUAGAGAAAGCAGAAGAGGCUGCACGGGGCUCGCUGGAGAAACUGACCCAGGACAAGCUUCAGCUUCAGAAAGACAAGUCUGACACUGAGACUCAGGUGACGCAGCUCAAGAACACAGUGCAGGAUAUGCAGAGCAAGCUGGAUGCUCUAAAACAGCAGAACUCUCAGUAUAAGGAGAGUCUGAGUACUGACGGUCAGAGGAUCAGCAGCCUCAGUAAAGAGAUUGAGGAUCUAAAACAAGCAGUCACUGAAAAAUCCCAAGCAGUAGAUGAUUUGAAGAAUGAGAAAGAAAAGCUUGUGGUGGAUCUUGCCAACAGUCACAAAGACAGCAACAUUAUACUAAAUCUCAAAAAGGAGUGUGACAGUCUAAAUGAGCAACUGAAGGAGGCGAAAACAAGGGAAAGCAGUUUCCGAAGUGAAUCUGAAAAGGAGAAAGCAGCACUUCAGCAGACACUGCAGACGCAGAGCGGCUUGGUCUCAGAAAAAGACACUGAAUUAAACUCUCUGAGAAAUGAGCUGGAUGCUCUAAAACAGCAGAACUCUCAGCAUCAGGAGAGUCUGAGUUCUGACAGUCAGAGGAUCAAGAGUCUCAGUAAAGAGAUUGAGGAAUUGAAACAAGCCGCUGUCGAGAAAUCCCAAGCAGUGGACGAUCUGAAAAAUGAGAAGGAAAAGCUAACCAUGGAUCUCGCCAACAGCCUCAAAGACAGCAACAUACUACUAAACCUCAAAAAGGAGUGUGAUAACCUCAUCGAUCAGCUGAAGGAGAUGAAGAAGAGGGAAAGCACUUUAACAAGUGAAUCCGAAAAGGAGAAAGCAGCACUUCAGCAAUCUCUUCAAACCCAGAGUGCCUUGAUCUCAGAAAAGGACAAAGAGUUAGACUCCAUGAGAAACGAGCUCAAAAAGCAGCGUGAGAGCCUCAACAGUCAGUUGAAGAAGAUAGAAAUGAGGGAAAGCACUUUAACGAAAGAAACGGAGAAGGAGAAAGCAGCACUUCAGCAAUCUCUUCAAACCCAGAGUGCCUUGGUCUCAGAAAAGGACAAAGAGUUGGACUCCAUGAGAAACGAGAUGGGUGGUCUGCGGGAUCAGACACAGACGCUGCAGUCCAGUCUCAAAUCUCAGAAGAGUGAGAAUAUUCAGCUUCAGGAGCGACUGAAGGGUCUGGAGAGGAGUUUAGCCGACACUCAGAUCACCAGCACAGGAGAUAACGCCUCAGAUGAUUCUGCCUUAAGAAUGUGGAAGGAGGCGAAGGAGAAUGCUGAGCAUCAGGUUGAGUUCCUGAACUCGGUCAUUGUGGAACUGCAACGGAAGAACGAAGACCUCAAAUCUAAACUGGAGAAGAUGGCCGAAGCGGCGCUCAAUGGAAACGGUGCAGCUGAAAUGGACAGCCGUAACAACAGUCACACCGAGCCGGCGAUUAAAAAGAAGCCUCCUCCCCGUCUCUUCUGUGACAUUUGCGACUGCUUCGACCUGCACGACACCGAAGACUGUCCCACCCAGGACCAGAUGGAGGAUUCGCCGCCGCACACCGCCUACCACGGCAGUCCCAAUGACGAAAGACCGUACUGUGACAUCUGUGAGGUGUUCGGCCACUGGACAGACUCCUGCAACGACGAUCAAACUUUCUAGGGUCGCUUCCAUGAUCCCGCAGCAUUUACACAUGCAAUACUAUGCCUUGAAUCAAAGAGUGCACAAAAAGAGACUAUUGUUAGUGGGGGUUUUUGGGUGUGGUUUUUCACUUCGCCAUAUAAGCCUAAACCUUUCGGUCACUUUAAAGCAAGCAUCAGUGGGUGAUUUUUACCUGCCUUUAUUGCACCGAAUGACUGUUAAGAGGAAAAGGGGGUUCAUGCUGUAAAAAUAUUCAUGUUUUUGACUUGUUUCUAGUCCAAAUAUCGAAAAAUUCUUAAAUUAAGAAGCAAAAUUGUGUCAAAAUCAAGCAAGUUUUUCCUUAAAACAAGCAAAAUAAUCUGCUAAAAUAAUAUUGUUCUCAAUUUGAAGUGGGAUUAUUUGAUUUACCACACAUUGGCAGAUGAUUUAGCAUGUUUUAAGGGGGAAAAACUCAUUAUCAUUAAUAAUUAUUAAUAAUAAUUGAUCAUUAUCAAACUUAAUUAUCACUUAAUAUUUCAGAAAAUAUAGCUAUAUUUUGUUACAUAUCAAGAAAAUGCUUCUUUAUUUAACAAGUUUUAGAUAUUUUAACUAGAAACAAGACACUUUAGGUGGAAAAAAGUUUUUUUGCAGUGUAUUUUCACUUGAAAAGUACCUUUGUGAAUGCUCUUUUAUUCUUUAUAUCAGUGUUUCUCAACCAUGUUCCUGGAGGACCACCAGCACUGCAUGUUUUGGAUGUCUCCGUUGUCUCACACCCAUUAAAGGUCCUCCAGUCUCAGCUAAUGAGCUGAUGAUCUGAAUCAGGUGUGUUUGGUUAAAGAGACAUGGAAAUAUGCGCUGAGCUGGUAGUCUUUGAGGAACGUGGUUGAGAAACACUGCUUUAUAUGGUGGUUAUAAGCUGAAAACGUCCCCUGUAGGCUUGAUUUUGGAUCUUUGGACUUCUGACCUCUAGUGGAUUGGAGGAUAGACUUCUCAAGCCCUUAAAAAAGCCUUUCAUGCAUCACAGUUUGGAUACUGUAAGAAAGUAUUAAUAUAAAGAGUAAGUUAUUCUACGGUUGUGAAAUUAUCGUCAUUUCUCAACAACAAGAAGCAAAACGUAAUAAUAAGCAUAUUUUAAUCAUUACCUGUUUAGAAAUGUUGGCCCAAAUGCAGAAUUGCGGGACAAAAAGACCUCAUCUUACUGUUAUUGUUUGGAGAUCUGGUAUGUAUGAAGUUGUUCAGUAAUAUUAAUGUUUCAAAGGUUGUUUGUGAGGCAUUUAUUUGUAUAAAGGUCAAAUGGGGGUAAAUCUUAUGGAAAUAAACUUCAUCAAAUCUUUUAAGUGCAUAAAGAAAACACUUGUUGUAUAUUAAUGCUAAUGUGCUGCUCUAUCAAUGUGUAUGGGCCUGAAGAGCAUCCUUAACUGUGUCGGAAAUGUACCAGGGCUAUUUUGCUCUUCUCAAAGCCAGACAUUGUUUUUGAACAUGAAACUUUCUGAUAAAUGAUGAAGCAGUGAUUCACAAUAAACUUGGUUUUCCAAAAAGGUUGUUAUUAACAGUGUUUGCUUUCUUAUUUCUAACCUGCUGUCUACAGUUAAAAUUGUGAAGGAGAGAGAUGUUUUUAUUAUUAUUAUUUCAGCCUACUCAUCUGUUUAAGGACUUUAUUGCACCGAAUGACUGUUAAGAGGAAAAGGGGGUUCAUGCUGUAAAAAUGUUAAUGUUUUUGACCUGUUUCUAGUCCAAAUAUCAAACAAUUCUUAAUCAAGAAGCUAUAUUUAAUUAAAAUCAAGCAAGUUUUUCCUUAAAACAAGCAAAAUAAUCUGCUAAAAUAAUAUUGUUCCCAAUUUGAAGUGGGAUUGUUUGACUAGCCACACAUUAGCAGAUGGUUUAGCAUGUUUAAAAGGAAAAACUCACUUGAUUGUGACUUAAUAUUUCUGAAUAUAUGACUAUAUUUUGUUACAAAUCAAGAAAAUGUUUCUUGAUUUAAGAAUCUUUUGAUAUUUUGACUGGAAACAAGACACUUUAAGUGAAAAACUUUCUGAUAAAUGAUGAAGCAGUGAUUCACAAUAAACUUGGUUUUUCAAUGA